AUGCCGACGCCACUCCCUUCGAGUUUCGCUUCGGCCGCCGCUGGCAACAACCCCGACUCCUCGAGCAGACGAGGCGAUGGAACUACCAGUGGGGAAUGGCCUCGCCCUCGCAUGAACGGAGCAACACAAACCUUCCGCCGUCCCUCAGUUGCCACUAAUCCUUCUCACACUCGAGAGCCGACUUCCGCUACGACUCCGACCGGCGGUGCCUAUCCUUCGCACAUGUCUUCAAAUCUCUCCUCCAACGUGACACGCAACGGAGCGUCCACCGAUACACGCUACUCAAAAGAACAGCUUCUCGAUCUGUAUAAGGCGCAGCGGGAUACCGGGAUUUUGACUAAGAAUGUCACGGAUUAUUUUGUCGCCGAUUGGAAUCCGCAUAUCGAAUCGCCCGCGGUGAAUGGAGCUUGGGGGAAGCGGGACGACCACAAGGAUAAUCCAUCUGGACCCGAGGUGUGCUGGGAUCAUGGUGGACACGUUGAACCUUUGGGGUUGGUGGAUAUGACUGAUGAUGAGAAGGAGACAUUUUCGAUCUCGGUCAAUUCCCCGCUGAAGCCGCCACCAACAAAUGCCUCCAAGGAAAACACUGGUACCGGCGGACCAGGACGCAGAACUUCGAUUUCCUACACUCAGGGCAACCCGAACCCUUACAACACUUCCUCUCCCAGUUCCGUAAGACCCGGGCCUCGACGUCGCGAAACCGGCGAUUCAACUACGAACCCCAUGUCGCCCACGACUGGUGGCUCCCGAUUCUUCCGUGACGAGCCGAAUACCGCGACACCACCUCCGUCACUUCUGCGCCGCAAGACCGAUUUUCGAGAUUCGACAUCCGUCUCCAAGUGGGAAGAGAAGGAAAAGGAAUCCCAAUGUCGGGAAACUGCAGAGGCUCCUUCUCCCUUUGGUUCCUUGAAGCGUAGUUCGACGAACCCGGUGGGAUUGCCUGGUGCAACCUCUCCGUGGCCACCAGCUUCGCAGAGCGCGAAUUACUCGCCAAUGGGAACUUUUGGAGCCUUCUCUCUGGGCAAUAGCAGUGCUGCGCAGACGCCGACGACUGAAAAGAGACCCGGGUAUGGCAGCUUGCGUGGUGAGAGUCGUCUGAAGGGGCUGUUCUCCAAAGAUAGCUUGGAGGAUAUUCCGUCGAUCAAGGAGAAGCCGUCAUUGAGCAACUUGGAACGUCUGGGUGAGAGCGAGGCUGAGAAGCGAUCGCAAUCACCGUGGGGCGAAACCUUUAAGACGCGCACUGGCCGCAGCGAAACGAACCCAUUCUCGGACGAGCCUCGCAGCGGAAGCGCGGCUCUGGGAGGAUCCCAGGAUGUCAGCACGCCCUCCCAGGCGGCGGAUCAACGGGGCUUCUCUGCGUUCGGCAUGACCUCUAGCAUCCCUGGCUUCCGUGAAUUGAUGCAGAGCCACGAAAAUUCGCGCAACCCGACUCCGAACCUCCAAGGCCGCGAACCUACCAGCCCGACUAAUACGAACCCCUACCAGAGUCCUCACCACGGUGAUCGAGGAGACGUUGACGACGUAGACACCGAUGGCUCCGACAUUCAGAACACAAAUCACCCCGGGCUUAGUGGCUUACGUGACUCGAGUGCAUUUGGCUCUAUCCGUCGUGUAGGAUCUGGUAUGGAUCUGCCUUCGGCGGUUGAUCGAAGCCAAGCCUCCAGCGUUGCAGGAAACCGAAGCUUCAGCAACCUAGGUGCUUUGGGUGGGCUCCCCUCGCUUAGUACCACCUCAGGAUGGCCGUCAAGCGGGGCAGUUGGUACUCCUACCAAGGAAAGGUCUGCAUUCGGGACUGGUUUCGGUGACCCGAUCUUCGGCUCCAUGGCUGACCUUCAGUCGCCGAGUCUAUCGACGCUGGGCGGAGGUGGACUCUUUAGUCCCCAUGCUGGGAUUUCGGGAACUGGAAGCAUUGGCCGCUCCAGCAAAUUGGGUUCUCUCUUCCCGCAGGCCAUGCAGGACCAGAUCCAGAGCGAGCAAAGGCAGGAUCUGGGUAGUCUGGAGGAGACGCAGCAACCCGACAUUCAAGCAGACGUUUCCGGCCAACCUGCUCCUGCGACUACGUCUGCGUCUCAUACACCUGUUUCCGCUGUCGGUUCAAUUCCAACUUCCAUUGGUCUUGAAGGUCAACAGGGCCAGGCUCCUGGCAGCGCUGGUGGCUCCGUCCCUGCUGCUCAGCAGCGAACCAUGGUGAUGCCAGAUCGCAUGCGCUGGAUCUACCGCGACCCUCAAGGCAACAUCCAGGGUCCUUGGACCGGACUGGAGAUGCACGAUUGGUUUAAGGCCGGCUUCUUCAGCCCGGAUCUUCAGAUUAGGAAGCUAGAAGACCCCGAGUUCGAGCCGCUGGCGCAACUGGUGCGGCGCAUUGGGAACUCCCGCGAGCCAUUCCUUGUUCCGCAGAUUGGCGUCCCCCACGGACCUGAACCAUCUGGAAGCAACUGGGGACAGGCAACUACAGGCAACGCGCAGCCUCCAUUCCCUGGAAGUUUCCCUAGCUUUGGCACUACUCUGACUGCCGAGCAACAGAAUGCCCUCGAGCGUAGGAAGCAAGAGGAGCAAUAUCUGAUGGCUCGGCAGAAGGAGCAUCUUGCGCAGCAGCAGGCUUUGAUGAAGCAAAUGACAUUUCCCAGCGGAGUUCCCCAUGGCAUUCACCCUCCCCAACUCCAACACCAUUCCAGUGCCCAUAGCCUUCACAGCCAACCCAGCUUCGGCAGCAUCACUUCACCGAUUGGUUUUCAACCAUCCCCUAUUCAAGGUCCCAUGCAACAACAACAGCAACAGCAACAACAACACCAACCUUCCGGCUCUGGGUUUUUCGACGCCGCAGGCCCGUUGAGAUCAAACCCUUUACCCAACGUUGGCCCUCAGAUGAUCGGAACCGAUUUUUUAAACACCAGUCAAGAUCAGCUCCCUACGCUUCUUGAUCGCUUGAACGUGAACAACCCCCGCGACCCUUUCGCGUUUGGCAGUCCGACGUCUUUUUCCGCGCGCGACAACCUUUUUCAGAACCCGCAGGUAGCCUCCAUGCUUCAAGACCGCGCGCGCCUGCAGCAGGAACAAGAGCAGUUCGACGCCACCCACGGCGAUAGCUUGUUUGAUCAGCAGGCCCGCGAGGAACGACUCCGUCAGUUUCAUGCGCUGAGAGCUCAGGAAGGCGAAUUUGGUCUGCGCACCGCCGAGGGUUUGCCCACUCAUCCCGCCGCCGCGCCAACUCAGCCGGAAAGUCUCGAGCAGACUCUCGAGGAGGCUGCAACCCUACUUGUGACCGAGGAGCCCGUUCUUACACUGUCCCAGCAGGUUCAAAAGGCCGCCCAGGAGCAGGAGCACCAGGAGCAGCAGAAGGCUCAGGCCCAGGCUCAGGCUCAUGCUCAAGCUCAAGCCCAAGCUCAAGUUUCCAGCGACGCCGCUUGGGCUGCCAAAGACUCGGCCAUGCCUCAGCCAUUCCCUCCCCCACCUUCUGCCUCGCCCCUCCCCGCUCCGGCCGCACAGCGCAACCGCCAGAACGUUGCCGAAUCCCUUGCUGCCAACUCGCGAUCCCAGACUCAGACGCCCGUCGAGGCUCCCACUACUUCGAUUGCGCCAUGGGCCAAGGAAGUGAACGAACUGCCCAAGGGUCCUUCUCUCAAGGAGAUUCAAGAAGCUGAAGCACGCAGUGCGGCGGAGAGAGAAGAAAUUGCAGCAGCCGCUCGCCGCGCUCAGCUGCUUGCGGAACAGGAACGUCUCAGCCAGGUUCAGGCGCAGCAAGCCCCCGGUCUCCCAUCCUCUGCCAACUGGGCUAGUUCCGGAUCACCUGCAACUCCUACGUCUUCCGCUUCGGUUUGGGGCGCCAAGGGCGCUACUACAACCACCACUUCCACAAAGAAGACCCUAGCUCAGAUCCAGAAGGAAGAGGAAGCCCGUAAGCAGCGCGCUGCUGCAGCUGCUGCGGCAGCGAUCGCAUCUCAGAAUGCUGCGGCUCCCCCACCUGCGCCUUCUUCUACUGGAAAGCGCUACGCCGAUCUUGCUAGCAAAGUCCCUGCUGCCGCAUCCCCUGUCAGCGCUGGCACAGGUGCCUGGACAACUGUCGGUGCUAGCGGCAAGGCCAAGGCACCCCCUGUUGCACCCACUGGACCCCGCUCGACCAGCGGACCGAUUCCCAUUGCCGCAUCGCCAGUUCGUCCCAAGCCCGUGACUGCAGUUACGACAGCUCCCCGAGCCCUACCCGUCAGCACCCCAUCUGCGAACCCCAGCCGCGCCAUGGAGGAGUUCACCAAGUGGUCCAGAGUGACGUUGGGCAAGGGUCUCAACAGCAACAUCAACGUCGACGACUUCGUCCAGCAACUCCUCCUCCUCCCUGCUGAGGCAGAGAUCAUCUCUGACUCCGUCUACGCCAACUCCCAGACCCUUGACGGCCGCCGCUUCGCUGACGAGUUCAUCCGCCGGCGCAAGCUCGCUGACAAGGGCAUCGUAGAGUCCGUUUCGACCACCGCGCUCGAGCAGAAUAAUGGAGGUGGAUGGAGUGAGGUUGCGAAGAAGGGAUCAUCCACGCCUCGUGAGGAGGAUACCAGCAGUGCUGCAUUCAAGGUUGUUGCGCCUCGGAAGAAGGGAAAGCGGUAA